AUGCUCAGUAUUGCCACCACCAGUGUGCACAACCUUAAUGAGCUUCUGGCACAGGUGACCUACUCCAGCGUGGUGUACCUCUUAGAAACAGGAGAUCUGGAUUUUAACUUUGAGGACUAUGAGGUCGUCUUACCAGUCACAAUCAAGAGGCCUGUGCUUCCUGUUUUAUAUGAUCUGGGUGAAGACAAUAAUUCUCAAGUGACCUUCGUCACUGAGACGUUCUUAGGAUACAGAGAGCUGAGGUUGUUGAUCAAAACCAUCAAGGUAAGAUACCCAGACAUCCGAAUCAUUGUUGCAGAUGACGGCCAGAGGACAGAAUGGGUGGGGGGUCGCAACGUUGACCAGUACAUCAUGCCCCCAGCUAAGGGCUGGUUACUGCCCGUCUCUCAGGUCACAGCCAAGUACUUCCUGUGGGUGGACGACGACUUUUACUUCAUAACCAGCAUAGAGAAGUUUGUGGAGAUCAUUGAGUCUGUGCCAGAGCUGGAUGUGGUGAGUUUUUAAUAAAUGAUCACUGAAGACUGGUCACAGGUCAGAGCCAGAGAACUAAUCAACCAGCUAGUCAUUCAGGGCUCAAUCA